CUCUCCCUCCCCAUCUGUCUCUCUUUCUCUCUCCAACUCUGUGUUUUGUUCUCUCUGGAAACUCCCAAAUUUCUUUCCGUUUCUCUCUCGUUUGCCUCCGAAAUCCACGAAUUAGUGGUGAGCAAUGCAUGAUCUUUCCAAUUAAUGUAGUUUCGAGUUCUGAUUCCCGGGUUUCUUCAGAGUUUUUUCGAUCCCGAAACUCACUGAGUUGGACCGGAAAUGCUCGAGGCAGUUGAGAAUUCCGUCAAUGGCGGGUUCUCGCACUUGCAGAGCUGUGGAGACAGUAGCGAGGAAGAGCUCUCCGUGCUGCCGCGUCACACCAAGGUGGUGGUAACCGGAAAUAACAGGACCAAAUCGGUGCUUGUGGGUCUUCAAGGUGUGGUCAAGAAGGCCGUUGGGCUAGGCGGCUGGCAUUGGCUGGUUCUCACAAAUGGCAUAGAAGUAAAGCUACAGAGAAAUGCCCUCAGUGUGAUUGAAGCUCCUACUGGUAACGAGGAAGAUGAUGACCUUGAAUUCGAAAAUGUGCCAUGGAAUGGUUCGGAUAUGGCGUCUGAUGACACUCAAAAGUCCCACAGAUCAAGGCACAGAAUGCAUAAAUCAUCCGGCUCAUCUCAUAUGACUAUGAGCAGAUCACUCUCCUGUGACUCGCAAUCUAAAGGAUCUGUUUCUACUCCUCGUGGGUCCAUGAAGGUUGACUUGAGCAAACUGGAGAUGGCUGCUUUGAGGAGAUAUUGGCGACACUUUAAUCUUGUGGAUGCUAUCCCCAAUCCAUCAAAAGAGCAACUGGUAGAUGUUGUUCAGAGGCAUUUCAUGUCACAGCAAAUGGACGAGUUGCAAGUCAUUGUCGGGUUUGUCCAGGCUGCAAAGAGACUCAAGACUGUAUGCAAAUGAAGGGGGGAAGAGAUGGAGAGCUAUGGAUAUGCUUUUCUAUGCUAACAGAUACUACUGGCACCUAAAUGUCCACUUCCCUCUUUAGUGAUUUCUGUAACAUAUUAUUUAUCACUGGCUUGUCUAUGUCUUUCAUUUCCUCUAGUAGGUUAGUAUUUACUCUGUUCCUAGUUAUAGAGGUUCUUACUUUUUGGUAGCUUAGUUAUAAUAUGUAGAUAUAUGUAAAACGGUGACCGGACCUCUAAAGAAGCCCUUGUGGCUUUCUUUCUAAAGUUGGUUGAUUGUAUUGCUGACUCUGGGAAGUGGGUUUUUGAAAUGUAUAUAUAUUUCCAACUGUUA